AUGGUCUGCUCCAAAUGCCAGAAGAAGCUUAAAUCCACCGAGCUAGCCACGCCAGGCGUCAAACGCAAAAAUGAAAUGUACUAUGGGUCUCCGGCAAGCACUGUCGGAGGCGCGGCGAAGGGGAAUAAGCCGACAAUAGGAUCGACUGGCGUUGGCAAGAGCAAGCUCCUUAGCUCCAAGGCGAAGAAUCCCUAUGCGGCUUACUCGUCUUCUUGUGAAUUGUGCAAGACGAAGACGGAGCAGGGAAAGAAAUAUUGUCAGCGGUGUGCAUAUCAGAAGAACGCCUGCGCCAUGUGCGGCAAGAGUUUGACCGGCAAGUCGUCCAAAGACCAGCCAGUUGUUCAGGGUCAGAAAUUCACUCUAAAGUAA